AUGCGGAAAAGCAGCAUUGCAACGACUUUCGACGGCCUGCCGCGACUUCGGGCGACCACCCAGUACAAAUCUGUGGUAGCUUGCAACACCUCAUUCACGAGAUUCCAGUUGCCGCAGGUUACAUUGGAGCCUCCGCGUGGGUCUCGAAUAUCCGUGGACAGACGCGGGGAGGAGCUGAGGGUGCUGCUUCCACCCGCCAGAUGGGAAUCACGAGUUUCGCUGGGCACUUUCGGAAUAGCGUGGACGACUUUCACUGCGGUUUGGACAGCGGGGGUGAUUGCCGCCGGUGCCUCGUUUAUGGCACUCUUCAGUAUUCCCUUCUGGGUAUCUGGCGCUGGAAUGCUGAAGGAGACCUUCGGCCCUCUUCUACGGGGAGCAGCAGAGCUACAAAUCCGUGGUGAUCGAUGGAAAUUCUGCCGAGUAGAUGGCAAGGUUCUCGAAGAAGGCCGAACAGCCGAUCUCCAGUGCCUUGUUUUGACGAAUGGGACCACUGGAGGCAAGGAUGUUGUGCUGGAAGAGGGCCUGGUGAGCGUGAAAGUGCAGGAGGGCCUGCCCGAGGUGGAGGCUGAAUGGCUCCAGGCAUUGAUUGAGAAGCACAUCGAGCGCUACAAGUGA